AUGGGAUCUCAGGCAAGGUACAAUAUGUUUAAGAUAUUCAGUCCGGAAGGAAAGAUCAAACAGCUUGAUUAUAUACAACAGACAACAGAACUUGGAAGCACAGUGAUGGGACUAAGGAACACACGAAUUGGAAUAAUGAUCGCACACAAUGAAAAAAGGUCUAAACUGGCUGAAGUGCAGAAGAAGGUGUUUAAGAUUGAUUCAAAGACAUUGUUUACGUUUUCUGGGAUAACAAAUGAUGGGAUGCAUAUUGUGGAUUACUUGAUUGAUGAGAAUGUCAGGGAAGAUGUUAUUAAAGGCAGAAAGCCACAUUUCAUCAAUGUUUUUGAUGAGCUACUGAAGGAUACGUUUGAAAGAACAGUGAUUGAUGGAAGAAGACUUUAUGGAGUUGCAGGGCUGUACAUGACAGAAUAUGAAGGAAAGAUCAGACUGGUUGAGUUUAAUCCGCAAGGAAGUGCAAAAGAAGUACAUGGGAUGAGCAUAGGAUGUAGAUGCCAGUCAUCCAGAACAGUGUUGGAAGCACACUGUGGAGAAUAUGAAGGCAUGGGUGUUGAAGAGCUUGUAAGAAUAGGAAUAAUGGCACUGAGAAAUGCGCAUCCCGAGGAGGAUGCCCUCAAUGCUGAGAAUGUUGAAAUCUGGGUAGUUGAGGUUGGAAAGGAGACAUAUACUGCCGAUUCAGGGAUGUUUUUGAAUUGA